AUUACAUUAUAAAAACAUCAGUCCCCACAUGUCUGAGUGUCCUUGAAUGCAUCACUGUAAGAUAACAGUGAAGAGAGCAGUGGUCUGUAUGAGGAUGAUGAUGAAACGAUGAUGAAACGAGCUCCACAGUGUUUUAAAUGUUUCCUAAUCUCACAUCUCUUCAGGACGCCGGUGAUGGAGCGAGUUGACGGCAGGAACGGAGAGCAGGUCCGACCCCUGAGGUACCACCUGAACCCACCGACUGACAUCCCACUGACGCCGUCACACAAAGAGGUUCAUGACAGGCCUGCUCCUCCCACUAAGCCACUCCCCCCUGACCCCGCCUUAAAACCCCCGCCGCAGCGACCUGCCCCCCCCACCAAGCCUCUGCCCCCCGACCCCCCCAACCAGCUGCUGGUGAGUCGCCCAGCUCCGCCCAACAAGCCCCUCCCCCCUGACCCCGUCACACCUGGACAGGUCCCAGUUCCACCCAAACCUGUGGUGCCCAUAAAGCCCCGCCUCAUGGCGCAACCACCCCAUCACCACAUCCCCCCUCACCCCGGCUACCCCGCCAACACCAAACCUCCACAACACGCAGCCGUCGCACCUGCAGCUGCUCCCAACAGACGACCUCCUGCUCCUCCACUCCGACCCACAAACCCUCAGAAAGUUGACACGUCGCCGCUUUAACAGAGAGUAGAGACUCUGAAUAAAACUUUCCUCUGUUCGGCCUGGUGAAGAUGAUGAAGAUGAUGAAGAUGAUGAUGACUUUAUUAUCCAGUUUGCACUCAGUCGUCGGAUUUCUCACUCAGUCCUUCAUGAACUCUAGAUACUGUAAAUAAAAGUUAACGUGCCUUGCUCAGCAGCACCUCGGCAGUGAUCAUGUGGACACUCGGGACCGCCGGCUGCUGGAAAUGAUGUCACAUUAAAGUGUCCUGGUGUCGCUCACACAGGCCCCUGCAGGGGGCGCAGUGCCUUCAGAGCUCAAGGACCCUGAGAUGGGAUCAAACCUGUGAUCAAAGUACAGACUCUUCAGUAGAGUGGUUUCCAAACUGUGGUCCAGGACCCUCUGCAGGACCCCGAGGAGAUCAAACAUGAUUUCUGUUUGUUUCUUUUUCUUUCUUUCUUUUUUUUUAGUAAAACCGAAUGUAGAAGGUUUUUCUUGGCAGGACGGACGAUUUACGUUUCAGGUGGAUGAAACUUUAUCAAGUAGGAUUACAUCAUCGUCAUGGAGUUAUAAUCUUUUAACCUUUUAUUGAACUCAGUGUUUUUAAAUGAAGUGUCAUCAGAUCGGAUGAACCUUCAUCAGACGGUAUCAAAUCACAGAUGAGUCCUCUGACAGAAGAUAUUUGGCAUCUCAAUCUAAAUAAUCAUGGAGUUUGUGACAUUUUAAAGACUUGAGAUCCUGAAGCUGCCCUCCAGGAUUAAAGGGAUAGUUAGUAUAUUUUUGAAGUUGGGUUGUCUGAUGUACUUAUCCACAGUCAGUGUGUUACAUGCAGUCACUGUCAGUCGGCACGGCUAUGUUAGCUGCCUAAAAAAUCUAUAACUGUUUGACAUUGAGAGUAUUCUUUCACAGCUUUAUCUUUCUGUCAGACAGCCUGAUCUAGCCGUCAACGGUUUCAGUUCCCCGUCUAUGCUCUCGUCACAGCCGCCACACUCCACUAACAAAAACAGCGAUUUAACAUGGCUGAACACAGGAGCUGCAGGUCUACUGAGUUUGUGUUACUGUGUGACUGUGGUGAAUCUGAGCUAACACUUUUAAACGUCAAACUCGCACAAUAACACAAACAAACUAACUGGUUGAGGCAGAAGUAGACCAGCAGCUCCUGUGUUCAGCCAUGUUAAAUCACUGUUUUUCAUAACAGAGUCUGGCUUUGAAGAGAGCGAUGUAAUAGCUUUAGCUCCCAGUCAGAAAACGCUGUCUGACAGAAGGUAAAGCAGUGAAAAUAUUCUAGAUAUUACAAACACUUCGUCUGUUUCUUAUUUUUAAAGAUGAGACUUUUUAAAGUGGCUAAAAUAUGUUUAGUUUGCUGACCCCUCAUCAGCAGUACAUUGCUUAGCUAUCUUAUCAGACUCCAGUCUGAAACUGAAGGCGUGCCGACUGACAUCUACCCUUCAUAUCACGCUGACUAUGGAUCCCGUACAACCCCACUUUAAAAAAACCUGAACUAUCCCUUUAAAUAUUUGGACUGACAGCAGAUGAACCGCGGUGGGUUUGAGGCUCUGACGGGGGAAGAAAUCUGAGAUUUACAGAAUGGAGGUUUUGAGAAAGAAGUUUUUAGAAAAAUGUAAUAUUUAAAAUAAAUCAAGACUAAAGUAAUAUUUUGAGAUUGAAGUCAUCAUAAAUCAAGUUGUACUAUUAUCCGAAAGUUGUAAUAUUACAAGAGAAAAGAUGUUUUGACAAUUUUAUUCAUAUUAAGACUUUAUCCUCUAAAUGUUACGACCUUUUCUCAGAAUGUUUCUACUUUGAAUUUAACCUUGCACCUUUAUUUUAAAAUUACAUUUGGACUUCCUUUCUUGUCUUGAUCUCUCAGAUUUUUUCACCCUGACAUUCAGUCUCAGUAUUUUAACUUGUUAAAUCUCUGUGUCAUCGUACUCGCUGACUGCUGGAAUGAAUCAGAAGGAUUUCCUGAUCAUGAGAAUCUCGUUGGACCUCAGACUUUGUGGUUCUGGCUUACUGGGGCUGCUGGUUCUAUCCCAGUUCACCCAGUCUGUUUUUGCUUGAUCAGGUUUUUAUUUUUCUAACCCGCCUUGAGAUUUCUAUCACAGACCGUCAGGAAUGUUCGUGACGUUACGCCAAAGACGAGCUGGAGAUAAAAGAUGCUGUGAGAUUCAUCUGAGCUGUGAUUUUAUGUUGAAGGAAAAUCUGUUUAUUUGCCUUUUUACCAGCUGAAGUUUUUCAUUUCUACAAAAUAAUAACACUUCCAAAACCUGUGAGAAUUAUAAACUAUGUUUCUAUAAAACCCUUAAAUACAUUGAACACAAGACGAAGCUCUCAGCUGUAGGAGAACUUUGACUAAAUGAAUAUCUGGAAUCUGAUCAGAGAACAAGUCGACAAAAUUAUGAAUCUUAAAUGUUUGAUAUUACUUUUUUUGUGCUUCAGAAACUUUUCUGUUCUUAGUUUGGUUUUUCAGGUGAAAAAUGAGACAAAAGCAUUUUUCAUAAAGUCAGAGCAGAGUUUGAGUCAGAGUCCUCUGCUUGUUAUAAAAUAAGGUUCAAAUUAAAAUGAACCUUGAUGAAACAGAGCAGAGGUUUAAGAAGGUUUGAGACUGAUCUGUUGCCUUUUGUAGCUUCAGUGUUGCUGCUGUUCGUCCCGUCAUGUUUCACUGUGAAAGUUUUCCAGACUUGAAGAGCGUUGCAGGUUUUACUCCCACUCCUUCAGUGUCUCCAGUCCUGAUUCACAUGUGUGUUAGACUAAACUGUUCACAGUCAGGCUAGAGGUGGAGGAAGUAUUCAAAUCCUUUACUGCAGUAAAAGUACGAAUAUCACACUGUGAAAAUACUCCACUACAAGGAAAAGUCCUGCAUUAGUAAAAGUUUGUGAGCAUCAUCAGGAAAGUCAGACUGUUAGAGUAAAAUGUUUUUGGAUUUUUUUUUUUUUUUUUUGCUGUAGAUGUUUCAGGUUUGGCUCAUUUUAACUCCUUUAUAUCCUGUUGGGUAGUUUAAUCUACAGCAAUGCAUCAUGGUCUAUGAGAUCAUCAUAUGUUUGCAGUGUGGCUGUCCUGUGAGAACCAUGUAUCUCUAAAAAGUCAGAAAAACAGCCUGUUUCCAGCUUUGGGACGACGACUGUUCAGUUGAUCCAAGAGGGUUUUUAAAGAGUUAAUUUAGCUUAAGACAGAAAAUUUAAAUAAUAAUGAUGCAUUUUAUUUAAAGGCACCUUUCAAAGCACUAGAGGACCCCUUACAAGACACAAUUAAAAAAAAAUUGAUGAGGGCCUCAGAGGACAGUGUACUGUCCAGGAAGACUACCAGACUCUUAACCUGAGGGGACGGACGAACUUUGGAGUUGUCAGUUAGAGAGAAACUAUGCGGUUUAGCUGAAGUAGAUUUAGUACCCACAAGGAGAACCUCAGUUUUAUUACUGUUAAGUUUAAGGAAGUUGUACGAGAGCCAAGACCAAUAAGCUGUCAGAAAGGGAACUUGGUGGAAGUAGGCCUGGUGGACAGAUAGAGCCGGGUGUCAUCAGCAUAGCAGUGGAAUUGAAUACCAAAUUUUCUAAAGAUAUGACCAAGAGGUAGAAGUUAGAUAAUAAAUAAAAGGGGGCCGAAGAUGGAGCCCUGAGGAACACCACUAUUAACUGGAAAAGAGCUGGAUCUGAAAUUUCUGAGUUUGUGAAAGUGUUGAAAGUCAGUUCAACAGAAACAUUCAACACAUUUGGAGAUUUGUGGUUUUUACUGGACAGGAAGUAGAUUAAACAACUAUCGUCUGUAAAGUAACUACAUCUGCCAGAUAAAUGUCGUGCAGUAAACAGUACAGUAUUUACCUCUGAGAUGUGGAGGAGAAGUGUAAAGUAGCAUAAAAUGGAAUACUCAAGUACAUGUACCUUGAAUUCAUAUUCAAAUACAGAACUCGAGUAAAUGUUCUUACUUCAACCUCUCAAUCUUUUCUCACAGGAGAGACAGAAUAUUUUUCUACUUUAAAUUUACUUGUGUCUUUAAGCUCCAACUGUCACUACAAAAGGCAACAGAUCAUCUAAAGAAUCAUUGGUUGUUAUAUUAAACUGUAGAAAUGUGAAAAAUCAUUUGCCCCGCCCACAGGAAGUGAUGUCACUACUCAUGCUGGACAGAAAACUCGCUGCAGCAGAACUGAAUGUUUUCACCUUACAAUCCUUAGACUCCGAUCAUUCAGGCUGAUUGAUCGAUUAGCUGACUGACUGGUUUUCAUGCUGUUAGCGUCCGUUGUGUUCACAUGUGCUGCUAGAGGAAACGUCCUCAAUAAAACUGUUUCUACA